AGCUAAAUAGGCACUUGCUUUUCCUUAGAGCUUGAAAUCCUCAGACCCAAUCAAGCUGUAGCGGUUGAGGUCGUGUGUGGUUGUUGAUGGCCGCCACAUUGUGGAGCUCCUCCUCUAUCAAUGAUAUCUCUGUCUUCGUCUUCACCACCAUCAUUCGCUCUCGUUUUCAUGGUCUUAGACGCAGCUGUUCUACCAGAAUCGAUUUGGUGCUGCCUAAACACAAAUCAUUUGGCUGUCUCAAUGAUUCCUCCACAAACAAAAAAUGUAACAACAACUGGCAUAUGACUACUUAUCCGUGUCCAGAAUCAAGGCAGUGGCGGCAGCAACAUCUGAGAUCUUCGCUUUCUUGCAAACAACCUCGACAUUCAGAUGCUGCUAUCAAUCAAGAGAAAAAUGUUUCUAGAGCAACUUUGAUAUGGAGGGCAGUCAAACUUCCAAUAUAUUCAGUUGCCUUGAUGCCUCUAACUGUGGGAAGUGCAGCUGCAUAUUUGCAAGCAGGCAUCUUUUCUGCCCCACGAUACUUUUUACUCUUAGCUUCUUCCACUCUUGUCAUCCUAUGGCUAAACUUAAGCAACGACGUUUAUGAUUUUGACACAGGAGCAGACAAGAAUAAAAAAGAGUCCAUUGUGAACAUAACUGGCACUCGAACAGGAAUUCUCAUUGCUUCUUAUGUGUCACUUUCCCUUGGCGUCUGUGGUCUUACAUGGGCUUCUCUACAGUCAACAAACAUACGUGCUAUGCUAUUACUUGCUUCUGCAAUUACAUGUGGUUACAUAUACCAGUGCCCACCAUUUCGGUUAAGCUACCAAGGAUUGGGUGAGCCCUUGUGCUUUGCAGCAUUUGGUCCAUUUGCUACUACUGCUUUUUACUUGCUUCAGAGCAAGACUAGGUUUGUUCAUUAAUCUUAUUUACCUUAAAAAUUUGUUACAAAAAGGCCUCAUGAUAAUUUCAUUAUCACCUUGAUGGUUGGCAAUAGUGAACUGCUGCCCAUCUCUGGUAAUAUCCUUUCAGCAUCUGUUCUUGUUGGUUUGACAACGUCCCUCAUCUUAUUCUGUAGUCACUUUCAUCAGGUAAACGGGGAUAAAAGUGUUGGAAAGUAUUCUCCUCUGGUAAGACUUGGUACAAAAGCAGGUGCGGAGGUUGUGAAAGUGUCCGUUAUCACACUCUAUGCUAUACUGAUUCUUCUUGGAUUUACAAAAUAUCUUCCUUCUGCAUGCAUUAUUUUCUGUUGCCUAACAAUUCCGAUGGGAAGAAAGGUGAUUCGCCAUGUGAAAAAGUACCAUGAGGACAAAGCAAAGAUUUUUAUGGCAAAGUAUUACUGCGUGAGACUCCACUCAUUGUUUGGAAUUGCUUUGGCUGCUGGACUGGUGGUAGCUAGACUCUUUACGAUCAAGUCCAACAUCAAGACUCAUGUUAUCCUCACCUGAAGCAUCCCUGGUGGCUGGCUCAAAUGAACAUUGUAUACCGUGUACCUACAUAGAGAGCUAUGUUUAUCCGGGGAUGUUCAUUUUGAAUCAACAGAAUAUUCAUUUUCAACCUAUAUAAUGUUUAUUUUCAAACGUAGUGUUCAUUCUAGAGCCUGCUCAACAUAUUGUUCAUUCUGAAAUUAUGUAUGUAAUGUUUAUUUUGAAACAAUAUAUUGUCUUUUUGAAA